GCGACACAUUGUAGCAGCUGCAAAUUGAGGAGGGAGAGAUCUCUCUACCCAGCCGGACGUCCGUUCAUUUAUUUAUUUAUUUUUGUUGUUUACUUUAUUUCUGCCCCGAUUACACAUUUAAUCAUAGUUGUUGGAAUCUGGUUUGGAAUAGUUCUAAACACGUUCAGCUAGUUAAUUUAAGAGCUAAUCAAGGGAACGCCGACGACAGAUUCGCGAGUACAGCAAAGCUAGCUUCGACGGGGUUUUGAGUUGUCAACGAGUGAUUUACGGGUUUGUUUUAUCUUUGUGGAAGACACUGUAAACUAAACGUCGGGACCAAACGAGCCAACAGAACAAUACACCUUUUUGGUCUUGUUGAUUUAACUCUCUAGAUAGGUAGCUAGUCGUUUUACAAAAGCAACGGGAAAUUUAUUUAGCCAGAACGUAGCUGAAUAUGGCUCAACAUGGACAUCAUCAUGUAGCGAGUUCCCAAAAGGCAUUAAUGCUUGAGAUGAAAAGUCUUCAAGAAGAGCCAGUUGAAGGGUUCAAAAUAACUUUAGUGGACGAAUCGGACUUGUACAACUGGGAAGUAGCUAUCUUUGGACCUCCAAAUACCCACUACGAAGGGGGGUAUUUUAAGGCCCGUAUCAAGUUCCCCAUCGACUACCCCUACUCUCCACCUGCCUUCAGAUUCCUCACCAAAAUGUGGCACCCCAACAUAUAUGAGAACGGAGACGUGUGCAUCUCCAUCCUCCACCCGCCCGUGGACGACCCCCAGAGCGGAGAGCUGCCGUCAGAGAGAUGGAACCCCACGCAGAACGUCAGGACGAUUCUGCUGAGCGUCAUCUCGCUGCUGAACGAGCCCAACACCUUCUCCCCCGCCAACGUGGACGCCUCCGUCAUGUACCGCAAGUGGAGAGACAGCAAGGGCAAGGACCGCGAAUACGCCGAGAUCAUCAGGAAACAGGUGCUAGCCACCAAGGCUGACGCGGACCGUGACGGGGUGAAGGUGCCCACCACCCUGGCGGAGUACUGCGUCCGCACCCGCGCCCCGCCCACCGACGAGGGCUCCAACCUCUUCUACGACGAUUACUAUGACGACGAGGACCUGGAGGAGGACGACGACGAGGACGAGGACGGGGACUGCUGCUAUGACGACGAGGACGACUCCGGGACGGAGGAGUCCUGACGCAGCCCCGCCCCCCCCCACCCCACCCCUGCCACGCCCUUCCACCACGCCCGCCCUCUGAACUGAACUCCCCGCCCCCUCCCUGAGGACCCGCACAGACCUCCUCCGCCUGGCCCCUCCUGCUUCUGACAUCCACGCCCGCUUAACAGGAAGACCACAGAGUUUGUUUCCGUUGCCGUUUUAUUUUUUAUUUUGGUUUUAAAUGUUUAAUUUUGUUGGCCACCACCCUUUGGCUCCCCAGCUACACAUAACAUACGUAAAUGCACACACACACAAAUACACACUUUAAGGCCCAGCUGGUUUUCUUUAUCUUUUACACAUUUUGGCUCUUUUCAGUUGGUGGAACUUGCGCUGAAGGGAACAAAGGCUUAGACUGUGUGAGUGUGUGUGUGUGUGAGCGAGCGAGCGUGUGUGUGAGCUGGCAUGUGUGGUUCAGUGUGUGUGUGUGAGCGAGCGAGCGUGUGUGUGUGUGUGUGUGUGUGUGUGUGUGUGUGUGUGUGUGUGUGUGUGUGUGAGAGCGUGAGCAGGCGUGUGUGUGUGUGUGUGUGUGUGUGAGAGCAUGUGUGGUUCAGCGUUUAAGUGCGUGUGUGAGUGAAUGUGUGUGUGUGAGAAAGUUAGUGAGCAACAAGAUCAGCACAAAUCACUGGGCUAUUUGUCAGAAGUCUCUGUUGUUUCUAUCCUACCCCUCGAACGGUCCAGGGAGACCUAGGACUAAAGCACUAAAGCUGCAGUUUUUUUUACUCACAGUUAAAGGAUGUGUGCUACACCGGCCGGCUUAGCAACCACUUCUCACGUUUGUUUGCAGAAAUGGAGGCAGGUGAUGUUUUGGAAUAUGCUCGUCCUUUUCUGUGGCUCAUAGAGACGGGAGACUGUGGUUUGCGGUCCUCGUCGAGUUCGCCCAACAUAGCUGUUCUGGAAGCUUAGUUUAAUUUUUGUGUCUCCGUUCCAUUGACAUGUUAAACCAGCCCAAACACAGUACCAGGUUAUAAUCCAGUCAUAGAAUGCUUUUCUUGUUUGUACAUGUGAUCCCAUAGCUGUGUUAGUAAAUAUUGGAAAAGCAUUUUCAGUGUUGUAACUGACCAGCUAUACAGCGUAGGCUAACCGGUAUCGGUGAAAAAGAAAGGUCAGGUUUUCUUAUCAAGCGCCCUUUUUUAGGGGUUCUUUAUGUGAACUCGAGGUUUUAUCGUGUUUAAUGUGAUUUUUUUUUUUGCCAGGUGAAAGCUACGAUAAUAUAGCUGGGUUAUGAUAUGGUGAUCUUACGGAGACUUCAAACUGCAAACGGUUUCAGUAGAGCACUGUGGUGUUGGUUAGCUCGUGCGAGGAUGUCCGAAUUUCAGACGGUUAGCUUGUGCUAGUCGGUUAUUGCGUCAAGUUGACCUCAAACAUUAGUCUUUCCGUGGCAAGCUGGCUCGUGUAUCUCUCAGAUCUGGUACCGUGGAUCAUAAAACCGGUUCUUUCUCUCGAGAUUCCAAGUGGCACUCAAAGCUCAAUUUACGUGCUUAUUCUGUCUGAACCAGUUACUAUUAAAAUUCAGUAUUUAAAUAAACAAAAACGUACUCUUGAAGUCUUCAUGGGCAAUAACUGUGGCAAUUUAGCAGGGGAAAACCAGCGUGGUAACCGAACUGAAGGAAUCGUUCGGUCUGUAAAUGACAAAUUGGGGGGUGGGAGGGGGUGGGCAGGGUUACUGUACUCCAAUAGGGAUGGAAGCCGUGCAUGGCGUUAGCCUGCUAGCCCGUCCAGUGAUUAGUAUUAACGGUAUUGGAUAUGAAUUCAUAAGCCCAGUUUAUGUGAUAUGUGGGUGAAUGAUAUGAUGAUUUAUCUUGCUCGGAACACAGUCGGAACAAAGUUGCGAGGAUUUAUGUUUAGCUCGGGACUAAUUUUUUGUGAAGCUGCAGGUUGAUCGUUUGUUUAUUCUCCCUUUUAUCUUUUUUGUUUUGUUUUGUUUUUUUUUCUGCCCUCUUUUUGAAAAGGAGCGUUUGGUGGCAGAUUCAGAGGGAUCAUCAGCUACCAUUUUUGGAAGCUAAAACCUCAGGACAAAAACUAAGACGAAACCAGUAGUUUCUCUCCUUUUUUCUUUCUUCUCGUCGUCAGGUCCUCUCAAGAAAGCUGGUCCCCAUCACCUCCGCUUCAGACUGUUUACAAUCUUUCCCCUAAUAUUGAUAUUGAUACUGCUAUUGAUAUUGAUAUGCACAUGUGGAGAUUUUGACCAUCAUUUGAUGUAUUUUUUUUUCCUCUUUGUAUUUUUUUUUUCCUUUUUCUUAUGGUUUGUAAAUCUAUUUAAAACUUAAAAAUAAAGAUCUUUAUCUAAUA